CACAACUGCAGCCUAUAAAUAGUAUAAAUAGCUCUGAAUCCCUCCAAUAUCAUUACCACAGAACACCCCAAGCACUAGUAGCUAGUAAAGUAAUUUUCAGUUUUUAAUAUUGGUUUGGUUUCUCUGGAUCAUAUUCGGCUUCAAAACAUGACUUUUCUGAAGUCGCUGGCACUAGUUUUCUUGCUUGUUCUGAUGUUAACUGGGGUGUCUGAAAGCCGAGUCGCGAGAAAGGAUCUCGGCUUGAAUCUUGGUGGUAUUGGGUUGGGCAUUGGUUUAGGCAUUGGGUUAGGGGGUGGGAGCGGUGCUGGAGCAGGCUCUGGCUCUGGCUCCGGUUCUGGAUCUAGUUCUAGUUCGAGCUCUAGCUCAUCUUCAUCCUCUGGGUCUAGUUCGGGCUCAGGAUCAGGCUCAGAGGCGGGUUCUCAUGCUGGCUCCUAUGCUGGGUCUAGGACCGGGUCAGAAUCAGGUGGUAACCAAGGAGGAGGAUCGGGCUCCGGAUCGGGUCAAGGUCGUGGAGAAGGUUCCGGCUCUGGAUCUGGCUCAGGGUAUGGUGAGGGUGGAGGGUCCGGGUCAGGCAGUGGCGGUGGACAUGCAAAAUAAGGAAAUGCCGUGUUCCAAUAACAUAGAAGAAUAAAACAUGAUCAUGGGUCCUAGACUAUCUAUGUAGUAGUAGUUCUUACUAUGUACCCUAUUUGGAUUACUUUUGGGGUUUUAGGCUAAUCGUACGAUUGUGGGUUUAUGUCGUGGCUCUGUUAUUUUAUCAUCUGUAACUAUCUCGAUCGAUCUUAUGAAUGUCUCAAUAAACUGUUUAGCUCAUUUUGUUCU